GGGAAGUGGUUGGCGUGUCAUCGAAAGAUAAACCCUUCCCCAACAUGUCGCGCAGUGUGAGGGCCGAAACGCGGGCCAGCAAGAAAGACGAUGUCAAGAAGUUUAUGCUUUCGAUGGAUCGGGUUCGUCGCUGGGAGAAAAAGUGGGUCACAAUCGGCGAAACUUCGAUGAAGAUCUUCAAGUGGGUUCCGAUAUCCAGCAAGGACAACAAAAAGGGAGGCUUGCUCAAGGGUUCCGGCACGACGGCGGUCAGCGGCGGUGGGGGUUUGCUCGCUAAUGGAAAUUCGACGGUCAGCAGCAAUGCCGUCUCGGUCAACAGCAAUAGUAACAGUAACAGUAGUGAAAAUAAGGAAAACACUCGAAAACAGGGGACAGAUUCGAAUUCCAAUUCAAAUUUUGCGCUGACAACCGAAGAUUCCAACACCUGCUUCUCCCUGGUAAGUGACUCUCAAGGGGCCACAGAGUUCGUCUCGAAUAUGCCAUUCUCUGAGGAUUCUAAUUCACAAGGAUCGGACAGUGCUCCGAAGCGACUGAAAACUGACUAGACUGGAGAAGAAAGUCUUCCGCACAUGGUCCGAUCCGGAGA